UCAAAUCGAAAACUUUUGGUUUUUAAAAAUUAUUAUUUUUUCUCUCAAGAUGCAAAAUCUUGUUGAAAAACAACCGAAAUCCAAAAAAGAUAAUGAAGAUGGUGAAGAAAAAAAGAGGCGUCCUAUCAUUAAAAGUGCCACUGACCUGCAGCGCCUCAAACUGGAAAAACUUAUGAAAAAUCCUGACAAACCAAUAACAAUACCUGAAACUCCUAGAGAAAAGGAUUACAUGCAAACAGUACCUUCAUUUGUUCGUAAUGUAAUGGGCUCAAGCGCUGGAGCAGGUUCUGGAGAAUUCCAUGUAUAUCGGCAUCUUAGACGGAAAGAGUAUGCACGACAAAAGUGUAUCCAUGCGAAGAGCAUGAGAGAACAACUGGACGAAGAAUACCAAUCCAAACUGGAGAAAAACCGUCUCGAAGCUGACGCCAAGACAGCAAAGAAACGGGCUAAACGCUUAAAGAAAAAACAGCGUGCCAAGAAACCAAAAGUUCCAAAGAGUGAAGAUUUGGAAAAACACAACACAACCGACGAGGACGAUGACGAUGAUGAUGAAGACGAGGAAACAAAUUCAUUAGAGAAGAAUGAACACGGAAAAAUAAAUGAAGACACACCAAAAGAAGAAACAAGUGCAGUAACCGAUGCUCCCUCUGGACCCCAAUCUAAGGAAGAAAUGAACAUCCCCGUAGAUGAAAAUGAAUCAAAACAAGAGGACAUAUCUAAAACCUCUUCCGGUAUUGAUGAACCUGAAUCGGACAGAACUGAGAGCGACAAACAAAACGAAAUGCUUCCUAAACUGAUCUCAGAGACGACAGAAGGUCAAGUUGAAGAAAAAGAGAAAAACUCUUCUAAUGAAAGUGAAGCGGACAAAACAGAGAGCAACACACAAAAAGAAAUCCUUCCUAAAGAGAUUUCAGAGACGAAAGAAGGUCUAAGUGAUGAGAAAGAGAAGCGCGAACAAAUAAAAGAUAACACACCAUCACAAUCUUAAAUAAAUUGAAUUUAAUAUUAUA